UGAUCUAUCAGUCCACGUCAGUAUUGCUUUUGAUCCCACGUGGCCAGCAGAUCCACUGCCACGUCACUUUUCCCGUUCUUCCCUCUCUGUUCAACCAUAGAAAGAGAAUUUCUCUCAUCUUCCUACCAAUUGGAAAUGCAAGAACAACGAUCAGGAAAAAAAAAAAGGGAAAAAUGAGAAAUUUUUAUUCAAUUUCUUCACUGAAUCACAGGUUUGUUCCACGAAGGGUUUCAAAUAAGUAUCUCAUCAAUGCAAUCCGUCCAUAUUCAAAGGAAGUUUCUUCCCCAAAACCUCCAGGGCUUCUAUUGCAUUACCGCAACUUGGUGGAGCAAGGGAGGCUGCAGCAUGAUCCUUUCCAAGAAAAGGUUGCUUUGGCUUUGGAAAAUUUGAUUGGGAGGUUGGAACAGUAUGAAAAAGAUAUGGUGGAAUAUCAUAUUAAGCUAGCUGAGUGGGAGAAACACAGGGAGAAUGAGCACCGGAGGCUUUUGACGGAAGAAGCUGAGCUCAAGCAGUGCGGGGACCUUUGGACAUCAGUUAGUAAGCGCAGGAGUAGACUGUUAGAAAGAUGGGUAUUCCGGAGAAAAUCUGAAGAUAUAGAACCUGGAGUGGGUAAGUGGGUUUCAUACCUCAAUCGUGAGAAGAAGUUGGAUUCACUUGUUGGUCGUCGUCCUACUGCUCCUUCAGCCCCAAAAGGACUAUACAUAUACGGGAACGUUGGAAUUGGGAAGACAAUGCUUAUGGAUAUGUUUUAUAGUGCUACCGAUGGAAUAGUUAAGCAUAGACAAAGGUUCCAUUUUCAUGAGGCGAUGCUUAAAAUAAAUGAAGCUAUGCAUAAGUUGUGGAAAAAUCAAGUUGAGGAAAAGUCUUUGCAAUCAAGUGUAUCUUCUUGGAUUAUGAAUCUUCCCUUUGAUAUGAAAGCGAAGGAGUGGUUAGCUGCUGAAGAAAGAUAUAAACAAGAGGUUCAGAUGAAAAACAUUCUUCCUGCUGUAGCAGAUAAAUUUCUUGUUGACAGGCAAGCAGGCGAAAGAGGAGCUAGCAUUCUUUGCUUUGAUGAGAUACAGACUGUUGAUGUAUUUGCUAUUGUGGCCUUAUCUGGAAUUCUAAGCAGAUUACUUACUACUGGAACUGUUCUUGUUGCCACCAGUAAUCGAGCACCAAAGGAUUUAAAUCAGGAUGGUAUGCAGCGAGAGAUCUUCCUAAACUUUGUAGACAAGUUGGAAGAGCACUGUGAGAUAAUUUUGAUUGGAAGUGAGAUUGAUUAUCGCCGACUAAUAGCACAGAGGUCUAUAGAUAAGGUUCAUUAUUUUUGGCCUCUAGAUGGCACUGCUUUAAAGGAAUUCGAGAAAAUAUGGUGUCAGGUUAUAAACGAGGUUGGGGGAAAAGUCACAUGCAAUACUGUUCCAGUGAUGUUUGGAAGGACAUUGGAGGUUCCUGAGAGCUGUAAUGGAGUAGCACGAUUUACAUUUGAGCAUCUAUGUGGUCGGCCGGUAGGUGCUGCAGAUUAUAUUGCUGUUGCAAAAAACCAUCAUACUGUCUUCAUCGCUGAUAUUCCAGUUAUGAGUAUGCGAAUCCGUGACAAGGCACGUAGGUUUAUUACCCUCAUCGAUGAGCUAUACAACCAUCAUUGCCGCUUAUUUUGUUCAGCAGCUACUUCUAUUGAUGACUUAUUUCAAGGAACUGAAGAGGGUACACUUUUUGAUCUGGAAAGUUUCCAGUUCGAAACAGAGACAGAAGGUGCAAAACUUCGCCGAAAUGUUUUGGCAGAAGGAAGUGUGAGUUCAGGAGGUGCACCAGCUGGUAUAACAUCCAUGCUAUCUGGUCAAGAAGAGAUGUUUGCCUUCCGCCGAGCCGUAUCUCGCUUAAUCGAAAUGCAGACACCUUUAUACCUUGAAGGAGUUCGAUUCCUUCAUCCUUACUUCCAGAGGGAGCUCCAAAAUUUUGGAAAUUAUAGUGUAAGCAAUGUGCAACACCAAGUAUCCUCAUAAGCAAUAGGUUUAUACUUGUAGUACUUGAUGCCUGUUUCGACAUUGUAUUGUAUUGUCUUGUUGCACUUCAAUUCAUUUAUUAAUUCUCUUCAAGAGAAUUACUGAAAUUAUCUCAUAAAAUUAAUAGCAUUUCUUAUGUUACCAGAGGUGACAUAUAGUUAAACAGAAUUCCAUGCAGAGGGCUCAGAUUUCAUCUCUUUCUGGUGUUCUUUUGAAGGGUUUGGAUUAAUCCGGCUAGCUAGUUUUCUUGAAAUUAUCGGCUUGAAAAUGCUAAUGUCCUGCUCUUGUUCUUCAUAACACAACUUUGUUUCGAACUUGGGAGUUGGAACUGAUUUAAUAGUUUCUUUUUCUAUUUAAUCCUUAACAGUUAAUAGCUUAUUUAUAUGGGAUGAUGAUAUUCUUCAUAUUUAUCCCAGCAAUGGCUCUGCAAUACGGUAUCGACAACACAUGAUAUUUCACGUUAUUCGAGUAAUAGUACAGAAUAAUAACUUUCAACUUUUUUGUGUUAAUAGCUGCACGGAAUCCUAAGAUAGCUUAACUUCAAAAUAUGCACGCAAUUCCUUCAGAUCC